ACGUAUUUCCGUCCCUGUAUGAGUACCAGUAAUUGCUUACACAUUCCAGCGACAGCAUUAAGAGGCCCGUUUUGUCGUCCUCCCUAGCCUCGAAGGGUUUUGCACCGGUGAGAUUAUCAUGUCAUCACGGACCGCGUUCGCACCCUCGUCGUCUUCCUUGGCUACCGCGAAAGGCACGCGGCAUCCCGCCGCGAUCCCACCAGACCAGAACUCGUUAUGCAAGCGCACGUCCGCUUUGCUUGAACUCGAGCUCAAGUUCAUCAAAUCUCAUGGCCAGAUGCUCGCGCACGCCCCUCGGAGCCCUGCCAGUACUGUACCUCCGUCGGUUUCUUCCCCAGUCCCACCGCACAGACCGAGAGCGACUCGCAGACUUGCAUCGGACACGACGACACACGUUGGCGUGGUGGCGGCUGCGAGCCUUUGCAUCCACGGGCAACUUGUGCAGCCAUUUUGGCGGUCGUCGGAACGUACAGCGACACCCUACGCUAGCCAUGCCCAGCUGGGCUCUGUCCUGGGUUCUGGACCCGGACCUCUGGAUGGCUCUGGGCUGUGGCUCUAGCCUCGAAGCCUCUAGCCUUGGAGGCUGCGAGCGCUCUGGGCGCCAAAGUCUGCACAGCGCGAGUCCCGGCCCACCCAACGCGCAGCUGAUGCUCUGAUGCACCCCCCGUCGCUGCUUGCUGCUGCCCUGGAGUGGCAGGGCUCAGUGCCAGGGGUAUCGGUGCUGUGCCCUGAUCCUUGCCCCCUGGUCUCUGACCG